GUCCACUUCACCCUCACAACAUCCUUUCCUCAUCCUCCUCUUUCUCUCGCUCCCCAUCUCUUGUUUCUUUCUUCACAAAUCAUACGUUAUACAGGUCCCCAUGGCCAUUGAUAAUAUCCGCCAGAAAUACCAGAUUGCAGGCCAAGGCCACCUCUUCACUUUUUGGCCAGACCUCUCAGACUCCGAACGCAAAGCUCUUACCCGCCAGCUUGAAACAAUCGAUGUUGAGCGCGUAAACCGCAUAUUCAAGAAGGCAGUCACCUCAGAGAAAGAAGCCGCAGACCCAAAUCAUAAGGCAGACCCCAUCGAACCUCUACCCGCUGGAGCGUGUGAGUCUGUCGUUAGUGAUCCAGCCAAAGAGAAGGAAUGGCGAAGUAGGGGUCUCCAGGCUGUUGCUAGUGGUGAGGUUGGAGUUCUGUUGAUGGCGGGCGGUCAGGGAACGAGGUUGGGAAGUACGGCACCCAAAGGUUGCUAUGACAUAGGCCUCCCUUCCCACAAGUCUCUGUUUCAGUACCAGGCUGAGCGUAUUGCUCGUCUGCAGGCUGUAGCUGAGAAGGAGUGCAAUAAAGCAGCUGGCUCUGUCAUCAUCCCAUGGUAUGUUAUGACAAGUGGCCCGACUCGCCGCGAAACAGAGGACUACUUCACGAAAAACAAAUUCUUCGGAUUGGACGCUAAAAAUGUCAUUUUCUUCGAACAAGGAACUCUGCCAUGCUUAACUACGGAAGGGAAAAUCGUGCUUGACAGUCCGUCUCACAUAGCCGUUGCCCCUGACGGUAACGGUGGCCUUUACGCUGCCACUCGUGCUCCUCUCUCGCAGGAAGACAAGUCGCAUUCUGUGCUUUCUGACUUGAAGAAACGCAAAGUCCUAUACGUUCACGCAUAUUGCGUUGAUAACUGUCUCGUCAAAGUCGCAGAUCCAGUGUUCCUUGGAUACUGUAUCAACAAACAAGCAGACUGCGCGGCUAAGGUUGUACCUAAAGCUUCUCCCUCAGAAUCAGUGGGUGUUGUUGCUCGCAGAGGCGACAAGUUCAGUGUCGUGGAAUAUUCGGAGAUCUCCCAGGAGCAAGCGAAUAUGCGUAGCGACAACAACGAGUUAGCAUUCGGAGCUGCCAAUAUUGCCAACCACUUCUACACCACCAGCUACCUAAACUCCGUCGAGUCUUUUGAAGAAGAUCUCGCGUUCCACAUCGCUCGCAAAAAGAUUCCUUUCGUUGACUUGGAGACCGGAGAGUUUGUUAAGCCUAGCAAGCCAAACGGAAUGAAGUUAGAGAUGUUCGUCUUCGAUGUGUUCCCAUACACUCAACGAUUUGCCGUGUUGGAGGUUGCACGAAAUGAGGAAUUUAGUCCACUCAAAAACGCUCCCGGGACUGGGUCGGACGAUCCAGGAACCAGCCGCCGCGAUUUACUCGCUCAGCACCGUCGCUUUUUGGAGGCCGCUGGUGCUCGUGUCGAAGAUGGUGUACAGAUUGAGAUUUCGCCAUCCCUCAGCUAUUCGGGCGAAGGCUUGGAGCUGGUAAAAGGCAAGACAUUUACCAAGUCUGGGCAUGUGCAGAGUUUGGAAGAAUUGGACACUUUACUUUAGGAUUGUAGCAUUAGUUUCUGGACUCGGAUCGGACAUUACUAGUAUUAGUUGGACUCUACUCUCAUUUGCACAGUACCUGGGACGAUGUUAAUUUUCUUUUGUUUUUGUCUCUCUCUUUUGAACGUGGCAUUUUGUACUUCGCAUCCAUUUCACAAGGAUAGCCUCCAGUUCAAGUAUCUAAUCCAGUGGGGGUAUAGUGUGAAACGGUGUCAACCG